CUAAUUUUUUUGUGCAUGUAUCAGGUGAACGGCUGUCUGUCUUAUUUUGACAGAAUACCGGAUGGGUUUUACCUGAUACAUGGAAUGGAUCCAUAUGCAUGGACCAUUAGUACCGAUGAACAUGACAUCGGUCUCAUCCCAUCUUAUGAAUCGUUGAAGGCUAUUCAUCCUGGUAACGAUUUGUCAAUAAAAGUGGUUUUGAUCAAUAAAUCUAGGGAUACUGGUUUGAAGGAACUACAUAACAGGGUGCUGUCUCUUUCGUGUAACUGGAUCACUGCUGAAGAUGUUGUUCGUCAGCUUGCAAAUCUUGUUUGUAAUCACCUGGGGGGUGCAGCUUCUAAUGAAGAAGAAUUGGGUAAAAGGUGGAAAGAGCAUUCUGAAACUCUGGAGGACUGCCUCAGCUCUGUAAUACUCCCGAUUGGAAGCUUAUCGGUUGGCCUCUGUGUCCAUCGUGCACUGUUGUUUAAAGUGUUGGCGGAAUUAGUUAACUUACCUUGCCGAAUUGCUAAGGGCUGCAAAUAUUGUAGGAGGGAUGAUGCUUCCUCCUGCCUUGUGAAAAUUGGUUGUGACAGGGAGUACUUGGUUGAUUUGUUUAGGGAGCCUGGAGUCUUAAGUCACCCUGAUUCCUCUCUCAACGGUUCUGCUUCUGUCUUAGUUUCUUCACCCUUAUGUCAUCCAAGGUUUAAAGCUGUAAAGACUGCUGGGAACUUCAGGACAUUAGCCAAAUUGUAUUUCUCUGAGAACCAAUCUCUCAACAUUGCACAAGAUGAUGUUUUCUCAGGUGCUGCUAAUGAUCAAGAUGAUAAAACUCAUCCAUGGUUUUCUAAUACAUUUGACUUGAAAUUCUAUGACAAGAAUAACACUAUUUCCACUUCAAGCAACAAUCUUGUAUCUUCAGUGUCAUCACGGUUCCAAGGAGGUGCUUGUAAGGUUACCCCAAAUAGAGAUAUGCAGAUACAAAACUUAUCUAAUCUGAAUGUCAUCAAAUCAUCACAAUUUGACAGAGGUUCUGUAACUGUUCCACCAAGUUCGGAAGCAACUCAGUCAGUCUUGACUACAUCAAGUAGUGAACUUUAUCUUGAAGAGGAAGGUUUGGACAUCCCAUGGAAUGAACUUGUUUUAAAGAAGAAAAUUGGGAAAGGUUCUUACGGAACUGUCCAUCAUGCUAAAUGGCGUAAUUCAGAUGUUGCUGUCAAAAUCCUUGUGGAGCAAGAAUUCCACGCAGAUCGCUUUGAGGAAUUUUUGAGGGAGGUUGCAAUCAUGAAACGUUUACGGCAUCCUAAUAUUGUUCUCUUUAUGGGUGCUGUUACCCAGCCCCCAAACCUGUCAAUAGUUACAGAAUAUUUAUCAAGAGGCAGCUUGUUUAAUCUAUUGCAGAUGCCUGAUGCAAGAGAGGUACUGGAUUUGAGGCUUCGCUUAAAUAUGGCUUAUGACGUGGCAAAGGGGAUGAAUUAUCUUCAUCAGCGUAGACCUCCUAUUGUUCAUCGAGAUUUAAAGUCUCCAAAUCUUUUGGUUGACAGUAAUUACACUGUUAAGGUCUGUGAUUUUGGUCUUUCUCGUUCAAAGGCAAACACUUAUCUCUCAUCAAAAACUGCGGCAGGGACUCCGGAGUGGAUGGCACCAGAAGUUCUACGUGAAGAGCGAUCAAAUGAGAAAUCAGAUGUCUUCAGCUUUGGUGUGGUCUUGUGGGAACUUAUUACUCUGCAGCAACCUUGGAAAAACUUGACUCCUAUGCAGGUUAUUGGAGCCGUUGCCUUUAGCGGUAAAAGGCUUGAGAUUCCAGACAAUGUGAACCCUGCAGUGGCUACCUUGAUGGAGAGCUGCUGGGCAGAUGACCCUGACAGCCGUCCUUGUUUCUCCAAUGUUAUGGAAAUUUUGCAGCAAUUGCUCAUGAGUUCCAUUUUUCGGCCCAGUCAGCAUACAUUUAAUAACUAAUCUACAGGGCAUUUGAAUUCCAUAUGAAUAGUUGUUCAUGUGGCAGUAAGGCUCUCUUCUCUAAUUAUACAGGAUAUUUGCCAUGCAUAUUUUGCGAGUUGAGCUAAAGUAACACAGCUAACAUGGGAUGUUCAUUUUCAAUAUUCCUUCCCAGCUUAACACCAAUGCACGAUACAUAGAGCUCAUUAGUCUCAUGUGCCAUUAUAAGAGCAGUCAUCAGUCGCAGUCAUACAUCUUUGAUCCAACUUACCUGAAUUUUACAUCAUUAUAAACUCAAAAAUCGCG